AUGGGUGAACCAGGCAUUAUAAAGAAAUUAAGUGAAGAAGUGGUUAAUCGCAUAGCUGCUGGUGAAAUUGUUCAACGUCCUUCAAAUGCUUUAAAAGAACUAAUUGAAAACAGUUUGGAUGCAAAAUCUUCCAGUAUUGUGAUAACUGUGAAAGCGGGUGGUUUAAAAUUUUUACAGAUUCAAGAUAAUGGCGCUGGCAUCAGAAGUGAGGACCUAGACAUAGUUUGUGAAAGAUUCACGACUUCGAAACUUACUAAAUAUGAGGAUUUAAAAGAGAUAUGCACAUAUGGGUUUCGGGGAGAGGCUCUAGCUAGUAUAAGCCAUAUUGCUCACCUUACAAUCCUCACUAAAACUGCCUCAGCUAAAUGUGCUUAUAAAGCAUCAUAUGAGAAUGGUAAACUGAAAUCACCUAUAAAACCAUGUGCAGGAAAUAAUGGUACUCAAAUAACAGUUGAAGAUCUAUUUUACAAUGUGAUAGCAAGGAAGAAAGCUCUUAGGAGUCCUACUGAAGAAUACUCACAUAUUAUGGAAGUUGUGGGAGGGUAUGCAAUACACAACAGUCAUGUUGGAUUUACUUUGAAAAAGUUUGGUGAAAAUACUGACUUGAAGACACCUUUUAAAUCUUCUGUGAUUGAGAACGUGAGAAUUAUCCAUGGUAAUGCAAUAGCUCGUGAGUUAAUGGAAAUAGAAUUGGAAGAUCCCACAUUGAAAUUAUCACUGUGUGGAUGUAUAACUAACGUUAACUAUUCGCAUAAGAAGGGAACCAUGCUUUUGUUCAUCAAUCAUAGGCUUGUUGAUUCCCAAUCUAUAAGGAAAGCAGUUGACUCAGUGUAUUCGACUUAUUUACCCAAGAAUUCGCACUCCUUCGUGUACCUUAGCCUAGAAUUGGAUCCCCGUAACGUAGAUGUGAAUGUACACCCGACCAAACACGAGGUCCAGUUUCUAUAUGAGGAGCAGAUUAUUGAAAAGAUCAAGAGCUGUAUAGAGAGCAAACUGCUCAGUUGUAACUCCACCAGAGUGAUGUACACACAGGCCAGGUUACCAGGUGCUACAGCUGUCGAAGAAAUAGUAAAGAUUACAACCGACUCAACAAAAGUUAACCCUUCGUACAUGGUCAGAGUCAAUUCAGAUGUCCAAAAAAUUGACAAAUUCUUUCGUACAAUCGCUAAUGAUGUACACACUGAAGAAGAAAAUAAUUUAUCUGUGCCUGAAAUAGUUGUCGAUGAGGAGAAAAAUGCCGAAAAAGAGAUAGAAAACUCAUUAAUCGAAGAACCAAAUAACAUUGAUAAAUCAGAAAAAUGGAAGGUUCACGCGACUAACGACCAAGCCAAUAUCACGUACAUAGAUCCAAAAGAAUCGUUCAAAACAAGAACUUUUAAGUAUGAAAGAGUGGAAACGAGACUUACCAGUGUAAAGCAACUAAGGCUGGAGGUGGAAAGAAAUUGCAAUAAUAAUCUGAGAGAAAUACUGGCGAAUCUUAUAUUCAUAGCGUGCAUAGACUGUCGUAAAUCUCUAAUACAGCAUUCCACAAAGUUAUAUUUGUGUGAUACCACUAGAUUUGCAGAAGAACUUUUCUAUGAAACAAUGUUGUAUGACUUCCAGAACUUUGGUCUCAUAAAGUUAUCGAGUCCACUACCUCUAGAAGAGUUGAUAUUUCUUGGCCUUAGUACACAAGAAAAUGAAUGGGAUUCUGAAUUAGGUGAUAUGCGAGAGAUGGCGGUACAAAUGUCUGAAGUGUUGGUGAGCAAGAAAGCCAUGUUGUAUGAGUAUUUCUCACUGGAUAUAACCAGCAGCGGUGAUCUGGUUUCACUGCCAUUAUUGUUAGACGGUCACACACCAUUUAUGGGCGCUUUACCAACAUACCUCAUUCGUUUAGUCACAGAAGUGAACUGGGACUCUGAAAAAGAAUGUUUCGACACCUUUAGUCGACAGACCGCCAUUUUCUAUUCCCAACCAAACCCGGACAAAACGCCCGAGAGUUUGAAAGCCGAGGAGUGGAAACAGGAGCAUAUAAUAUUCCCUGCGAUUAGAAAGAACUUUCUACCACCUACGAGUUUUGUACACAAUGGUGCUAUAUUACAGAUAGCCAGUUUAAAUGACCUGUAUAAAGUAUUUGAACGUUGUUGA